AUGUUUUGGCGAAAGCGUGCCCAGGACUCGUCUGUCCCAGAGCAAAUGGAGCCAACCGAACCCAACGGUGCAUCUGGCCAGGAUGGUCUGGCUGAUCUCCAGAAAGCUCUCGCCGAUGCGUACGCUUCGAAAUCUGCGGAGUCGUCGUCACAGGCAACAGAAAGAAGUCUUAAUUCCAUGAGGGAAAAGGCCAGCAAGAGGGCCGAGUCGAUCUCUCUGGACAAGUUUCCUAAAGAAAUGUCAUGUCUCACUGCCAUGGACGAACUAAUGGAAUGUAUGUCUUUGGGAGGCCAAGUCCGUAAUUAUUACCGAUACGGCGACUUGAGCAUGUGCGAGAAACAGAACGAAAAGCUCAACUUCUGUUUCUCAAACUCCCUCAACGCUGGAGAGAUCAAGGAAAAGAAUAUUCAGGAGUUCUACAAAAACCGUCUCGUGGAGCAGCUCAAAAGGGGCAGCAGCGAGGAUAUCUGGGAGGUGAGAGAAAGGUAG